AUGAAUAUUUUAGGCAUGCUAUUGAUCUCACAUUCUCGAAAGAAGCUUUGCAGAUGGGUGGCUGACUGCCUCUCUGGCCGCAAGAUAUCCAACGUAACAGCAGUUAUCACUGUUUGGGGACGCAACAAUCUGGUACAGCUUUUGCUUCCAACAUUACAAAAUACUAGGACAAGCAGGGUCUAA